AUCGACGGAACGGAGAUUUCAUGGGCGGCGCGCAGUCGCCUCCUGCGACAGCAGCAGAGGGCAAUGAUAUAUUCGAUAUGCUGAACCUACCCAGUGACUACCAGACCACAGCAGCGCUCGAGGCAGCCAAGAAAGACGUUGAGCCCAGAUAUCAUCAAGGGCUUGAGACCAUGUCACAAUACCGAGUUCCCGGCUCCAUCAACCCCGCCGUUACGCCGGAUAUGGGUAAGAUAGCUCUUGUCGUCCGGGCAGGUCAAGCCGUGGUGAGGGGAGAUCUUCUCGAGUUUCUCGACAAAUACCUUGUGGGCUGGUUAAAAGAAGGUCUUUGGCAACCAUUGUUAACUCACCCCGUCGUGAGUGCACUCUCCAUGCAGUGCGCGGACCUGGUCGAGGCGGAAUUGUACGAUGAUCGAAUGGCCAACAUCCUCAUGCGGCGUUUGGCAUGGGUGCGCCUGUACUACUGGCACGAUGAGCAGAUGAAAGCCAGUCCUCGGAAGCUAGAACCAGGUGUCGGCCUUGAGACCCAAGCUGCAAACCUAUGCCUCCAAAAGGCCUACGUGAAUUGGGAGCAAUGGAGUCAGGAGGACAAACAGACCGCACGCGACAAGUUCCACGCCAGGAAGCGCGUCGGACGACGGUGGUGCGAGCUCAUGCAGUAUCUUGGCCCGGGUAUCUUAAUCACGUGUGGUGCAGAUAUGGACGCUCAUAUUCACAAUUUCCCUCACUGGGGCACACAUGCCGUUGCUCUAUUCGUGCAGAGAUGCCUUCCGAAUACGUAUCAGGUUCCCCGCCACUUUGAGACGGUGGCCAAAAUAUUCAUCCAAAGAGGGAACAUGGAUGACACAACUUUCCAAGACUGGCGCAGUAAGCUGGACGAAAACCUGGUGAGGAAAGCAAUAAAGGAAGUCAAAGGGGAAAUUCAGUCGUCGGACUGGUUGUAUAACCCUACAUUGCACCCAGACGAAUAUCUCAACUCCACCAUGUUUAUCAGGGAAGCCUUGGCAUCCAAAUAGAUUGGAUAAGGAGCAGACAGCCGCGCUUUCAACCCGGAGAAUGAGCCAAACCAGAUGUCUGUGUAGAUGUUGCUAUAGGAUCCCAAUGAUCUUGCUCCUUGCGAGUAUCCCAUAGAGCACCCCCAUUGCCACAAUGUCGCUUCAAAGCGUAGUGUCUGAGAGAGCAUCCUCGUGUCAUUCUGGGCAGUAGGCUGGGCUUCCCACACAGGAGAGCAGGCUCGGCGUCUAAAAACAGGAAGUGCAGGCAUGCGUGGAAGGUAAUGGAAUUUGUUACAGCACUUUCCGACCACCAGCAUACACUCCUGACGGAGUGUGGUGAAGAAAGGUAGCAGACAUGUUCAAUGACUCUGCAUUCUAUCAAGUACAUUCGAUUAGGGAUGUAGUAAUACAGAAAUGCUAAUGACUCUGAAGCCGUCAGUAAGUAUUCUCAUCUGUACUUCCAGGUCAGGUCAGCAUUGUGUACAGUUCGGCCAAGGAACUAUGACGAUGCAGCUUCCAGUCAACUUCUGGAUCACAUACAAAGUACAGCAGAGAUUUCUUCCACAAAGACGCAGCUCUAUAAUGGAAGGUCUGGGGAGGAACAUUGAUGACUAACUGUAGAUGUGUUGCUUAUAUAGUUAACUAGUUGCUACGACACUAAAUACUUAUACAAGCUUAUGUACACCUUCAAUCUUCAUAAUCCCUUGUAGUCAACAUCAUACCUACACAGAGGCAGCGAUCAUAAU